GCCGGGCUCUGUGGCUUCAGGGCUCGGAGAGAGAGAGGGAGAGGGAGGGUGGCAAAGAUAGUGAGUCGGUGCCGCCGCCUGUCUGAGGAGAGAGGAGGGGUCCCGCUUGCCUGUGCCCUUCGAGGGCCGAGAGCGCGAGGCACCCGCGAACCUCUGAGGCCUCCCGGCCCCUGGGGACCCCGCCCCGCCGCCGGCCGGCCGGCCCGCGGCCUCUCUUCCCUUUGUGAGCGCCCCCUUCCCAGGGGUGGUGGUGGUGGCGGAGAACUGUGCGUGGGCCCGCCCGCCAAGGGGCCGUGGCGGGGGACGAGAGGGCCUCGGCUGUGUGAGGACGGAAGGCGGCCGAGGCCCGGGUCGGUUCCCCCGAGGCGGCGGCGGCGGCUCCCAGCACUUCCCCGCGCCAUCUUAGCUGAGCCCAAGCUCUGAGGGCGCCUCCUCGACCCCGGUCGUCCCCUCGCCCCCUCCCCCCCCCGCCCCUUGUCGCAGAGCUUGGGCUGGGCGGCUUGCUGGGGCUGGGGGGGGGGGCGGCGGUCGGUCGCCAGGCCCCCUCCUCCUUCUCCUCACUCCUAGUCCUCCAGCGUAGCGGCUACCCGAGCGCCGCAGGGGGCUGCCCCUGCCUACUCCGCCCCAGACCUGUCGGCGAAAGGUAAUACUAGUGGUUUGAAACGUAGACAAUUUGAUGCUGUCCAACAAGUCACUAUGGCUCUAUUCAUGCCAACGUGGCUUCAUUCAUACAGAUGAACCAAGGAUUGGGAUAGCAGUAUAAAAUUAGAAUCAGAGAACUGAUUGCCCAGCAGGAUGCCAUCAACUAACCGAGCGGGCAGCCUGAAGGACCCUGAAAUUGCAGAGCUCUUCUUCAAAGAAGAUCCAGAGAAGCUCUUCACAGAUCUCAGAGAAAUUGGCCAUGGAAGCUUUGGAGCAGUGUAUUUUGCACGAGAUGUGCGCACCAAUGAAGUGGUGGCUAUCAAGAAAAUGUCUUACAGUGGAAAGCAGUCUACUGAGAAAUGGCAGGAUAUUAUUAAGGAAGUCAAGUUUCUACAAAGAAUAAAACAUCCCAACAGUAUAGAAUACAAAGGCUGCUAUUUACGUGAGCACACAGCAUGGCUGGUAAUGGAAUAUUGUUUAGGAUCUGCUUCAGAUUUACUGGAAGUUCACAAAAAGCCAUUACAAGAAGUGGAAAUAGCAGCAAUUACACAUGGUGCUCUCCAGGGAUUAGCCUACUUACAUUCUCAUACCAUGAUCCAUAGAGAUAUCAAAGCAGGAAAUAUCCUUCUGACAGAACCAGGCCAGGUGAAACUUGCUGACUUUGGAUCAGCUUCCAUGGCAUCUCCUGCCAAUUCUUUUGUGGGAACGCCAUAUUGGAUGGCCCCAGAAGUAAUUUUAGCCAUGGAUGAAGGACAGUAUGAUGGCAAAGUAGAUGUAUGGUCUCUUGGAAUAACGUGUAUUGAACUAGCGGAAAGGAAGCCUCCUUUAUUUAAUAUGAAUGCAAUGAGUGCCUUAUAUCACAUAGCCCAAAAUGAAUCCCCUACACUACAGUCUAAUGAAUGGUCUGAUUAUUUUCGCAACUUUGUAGAUUCUUGCCUCCAGAAAAUCCCUCAAGAUCGCCCUACAUCAGAGGAACUUUUAAAGCACAUGUUUGUUCUUCGUGAGCGUCCUGAAACAGUGUUAAUAGAUCUCAUUCAAAGGACAAAGGAUGCAGUAAGAGAGCUGGACAAUCUGCAGUAUCGAAAGAUGAAGAAACUCCUUUUCCAGGAGGCACAUAAUGGACCAGCAGUAGAAGCACAGGAAGAAGAGGAGGAACAAGAUCAUGGUGUUGGCCGGACAGGAACAGUGAAUAGUGUUGGAAGUAAUCAGUCUAUUCCCAGCAUGUCCAUCAGCGCCAGUAGCCAAAGUAGUAGUGUUAACAGUCUUCCAGAUGCCUCAGAUGACAAGAGUGAGCUGGAUAUGAUGGAAGGAGACCACACAGUGAUGUCUAAUAGUUCUGUCAUCCAUUUAAAACCUGAGGAAGAAAAUUACAGAGAAGAGGGAGAGCCUAGAACAAGAGCAUCAGAUCCACAAUCUCCGCCACAAGUGUCUCGUCAUAAAUCACACUAUCGUAAUCGAGAACACUUUGCUACUAUACGGACGGCAUCACUGGUUACAAGGCAAAUGCAAGAACACGAGCAGGACUCUGAGCUUAGAGAACAGAUGUCUGGCUAUAAGAGAAUGAGGCGGCAACAUCAAAAGCAAUUGAUGACUCUGGAAAAUAAACUAAAGGCUGAGAUGGAUGAACAUCGCCUCAGAUUAGACAAAGAUCUUGAAACUCAGCGUAACAAUUUUGCUGCAGAAAUGGAGAAACUUAUAAAGAAACAUCAGGCUGCUAUGGAAAAAGAGGCUAAAGUGAUGGCCAAUGAGGAGAAAAAAUUUCAGCAGCAUAUUCAGGCCCAACAGAAGAAAGAACUGAAUAGUUUUUUGGAGUCCCAGAAAAGAGAAUAUAAACUUCGAAAAGAACAGCUUAAGGAGGAACUGAAUGAAAACCAGAGCACCCCCAAAAAAGAAAAACAAGAGUGGCUUUCAAAGCAGAAGGAGAAUAUACAACAUUUCCAAGCAGAAGAAGAGGCUAAUCUUCUACGACGACAGAGGCAAUACCUAGAGCUGGAAUGCCGUCGCUUUAAGAGAAGAAUGUUACUUGGACGCCAUAACUUAGAGCAGGACCUUGUGAGGGAGGAGUUAAACAAAAGGCAGACUCAAAAGGACUUAGAGCAUGCCAUGCUACUGCGACAGCAUGAAUCCAUGCAGGAACUGGAGUUCCGUCACCUCAAUACCAUUCAGAAGAUGCGCUGUGAGUUGAUCAGAUUGCAACAUCAAACUGAGCUGACAAACCAGCUGGAAUAUAACAAGCGAAGAGAAAGGGAACUAAGGCGAAAGCAUGUCAUGGAGGUUCGACAACAGCCUAAGAGUCUAAAGUCUAAAGAGCUCCAAAUAAAAAAGCAGUUUCAGGACACCUGCAAAAUCCAAACCAGACAGUAUAAAGCAUUAAGAAAUCACCUAUUGGAGACAACACCAAAGAGUGAGCACAAGGCUGUUCUGAAACGGCUCAAAGAGGAGCAGACCCGGAAGUUAGCCAUCUUGGCUGAGCAGUAUGACCACAGCAUUAAUGAAAUGCUCUCCACACAAGCUCUACGUUUGGAUGAAGCACAGGAAGCAGAGUGCCAGGUUUUGAAGAUGCAGCUGCAGCAGGAACUGGAGCUGUUGAAUGCAUAUCAGAGCAAAAUCAAGAUGCAAGCAGAGGCACAACAUGAUCGAGAACUUCGAGAGCUUGAACAGAGGGUCUCCCUCCGCAGGGCACUCUUAGAACAAAAGAUUGAAGAAGAGAUGUUGGCUUUGCAGAAUGAACGCACAGAACGAAUACGAAGUCUGCUGGAGCGUCAAGCCAGAGAAAUUGAAGCUUUUGACUCUGAAAGCAUGAGACUAGGUUUUAGUAACAUGGUCCUUUCCAAUCUCUCCCCUGAGGCAUUUAGCCACAGCUACCCGGGAGCUUCUGGUUGGUCUCACAAUCCUACUGGGGGUCCAGGACCUCACUGGGGUCAUCCCAUGGGUGGCCCACCACAAGCUUGGGGCCAUCCAAUGCAAGGUGGACCCCAGCCAUGGGGUCACCCUUCAGGGCCAAUGCAAGGGGUACCCCGAGGUAGCAGUAUGGGAGUCCGCAAUAGCCCUCAGGCUCUGAGGCGGACAGCUUCUGGGGGACGGACAGAGCAGGGCAUGAGCAGAAGCACGAGUGUCACUUCACAAAUAUCCAAUGGGUCACACAUGUCUUAUACAUAACUUAAUAAUUGAGAGUGGCAAUUCCGCUGGAGCUGUCUGCCAAAAGAAACUGCCUACAGACAUCAUCACAGCAGCCUCCUCACUUGGGUACUACAGUGUGGGAGCUGAGUGCAUAUGGUAUAUUUCAUUCAUUUUUGUAAAGCAUUCUGGUUUGUGUUUACUAAUUGGGAUGUCAUAGUAUUUGGCUGCCGGGUUUUGUUUUGUUUUUUAACUUUUGGAAAAAUUUUGAAAAGGGGAAUUGAUGUGUGUAUGUAAAAAGAUUGGCUACAUUGGGGGUAUUUACUGAACAUGGGAAAAAUAGAAUGCAGCAUAGUGGCUUGAGUCAUCACUUUGGGGCAACUAUAGCCUAAGAAAUUUGGGAAAGAUGGAAAGCCUGUCUGCAUACCCCAGAUUCUCAUGAGCCACUCACAGCAGGCAGCAUAUGCUGAAACAAGUGAUUAUGGAAACACACCUGUAUCCCCUCAUCAGUGUAUUUUCUUUAUUAAAUUGGUCUGACUUCUCAGCCUCA